AUGCAAAACAAUAAUCACUCCACUUUAUGUUAUAAGGCUGAACAUAUCGAAGCUUUGAAGAUUGUCUGGCGAAGAUGGUUAAAUUCUUUAAAAUCUUUGAAUAUCCGUCUUUUUCAGCGUGAUUUAGCAGAAGUGAAUCUGAGACAAGCACUACAAAGUGUCUCAUCGGAAAAUGAUAAAUUAUCAUCGAAGGCGCAACAGUGGCUUCAUGAUUUUGAUAUAAUGACGCGAAGCUUAAACGUGGAACGGUAUUGGAACGCAGUUCAAACAAAUGAAGAGCGUGAAAUAACUCGGACGAUGAAAGCAAUUUAUAGUGAAAAAGAGGAACAGCAUGUUUUCCGUGUGAAGUCAAAUAUCGUUAUAGAGCAUGAUGUAGCUAGUGAUUCUCUCCAAACUAAUAUUCAGGAACGUCUCGGCAAACGUCCUUCAUCAUCACAUAUACUGGAUUCAAACAAGAAGAUGAAAUCAAGUUGCAAAACUCCAACUAUUGAUGUGGUCUAUGAUGAUCACGAAACCUCCUCUAGCGAUUACUCUUUCACUGACGCUGAGCAAGAAAAGUCAACAGAUGAAACGGUACCUAUGAACCUGGAAAAAUUUGAAGCAUACCUAGAAUUGGACUCCAAUCAGAUGUGGACAUUAAAAAGUGGUCGCAAGGUUGAAAAAGUUAUUUACGAAUUUGCGAGAAAUCUUUCCAGAGAAUCAUAUUUACAUUCAUAG